AUGGCCGCCGAAAAGCCGCGCGACCCUACCAAGAAGUUCACCUUCUCCGUGCGCACGCGCACGCUCUUCUGGCGGCGCGCCGACGACAAGGACGCGACGCCCGCGCCGCCGCGCCGCGUCACGCUCGGCCAGCUCCCGUUCCUGCCGCAUUCUGCAGAGACGCUGAACGGGCUCUCGCGCCUGGACCGGGCCUGCCUCGCGUUCCUCCGCUUCGUCGUCGCGCGGCGCGUCCUCGCCUGUUGCGCCAUCGCGGGGCUCUAUUCAUUAUUAGCGGGCGCGGGCGUCGCCCUCGGCUGCCUCGACCUCAGCCCGAACUACCAGUACGAGUGGGUCAUCGACGCGAAGCGGAGCACGCGGAACCACGACAUGCGGCGCGCGGCCGUCGCGGCCGUCGACCCGCUCGCGGCCCACGACGCGGUGGAGCCGCGCACGGAUGAGCACUUGCCGACUUGGGUCGAGUACGAGUCGGCGCCCCACGUCUUCACGGCCCCGAACCUGCAGAAGAUUUGUCACAUAGAGGCCCGCUUCUACGGCGAGCCGUCGUACCAAAGGGUCUGCGUGAUGGAUGAGGGCGCGUGCGCGGCGCCGGCGGCGUCCGCACUGACGGCCUUCUACGGCGCGGACCACCUCCAGCGACUGGCGCGGGGCAACGCUUCGUGUCAUUUGUUGGACGAGGCGGCCGUGGCGCAGACGUGGCUUCACAUGGUCGCCGCGGCGAACGCGUCGACGGCGGGCCGCCUCGCACACGGCAUGUUCAUGGCGAAAGGCGCGAUCGAAACGGGCCUCUCGCCGAAGACGCGGUCUUUACUUUACGUCGGGGCGCCCCUGGAAAACUUCGCCUCCACCACGGACCGCACGGCCGAGCAGUACGACGCCUACCAGAAUUAUGUGGAGAAAGUGGAAAAGAAGCUCAUGACGCACUUUGGCGUAUCCGGCAGUAUCGUCCGGUCCGCGUACCUGGAACCGUGGGUCCGCGACGGCCUCGAGUUCAAGGCCUUCUCGUACCUGUUACAACGGUUGGAGUGGUUGCGAUUGCAGGAGAUGGACUCGCUCUGGAUGGCCAUUACCAUUUGUUUUGUCGCCUUGUGGAUCCGGGUGCACACCGGAAGUGCCAAGUUCGCGGCCGCGGCCACAUCUCAAAUUCUAGAUGCCGCGCGGCGAGGAGGAGUUCUUUCCCCGGCAGCACAUGUUCACGGGCUUCGCUAAUAGUAUGGCCCGCGAUUAUGAAGUGGGGGCGUCGUCCGAGUACACGGAGGUCGCCUACACCUUCGGCGUAUCAGGAUUGCGGAGGGAGAACUACGACGAGUACGCGCCGGACUACAAAAGAGGUGAGGCGCGCUGGAGCGGUGGUUUUGAUAUGUUCGCGUUCCGUGAUGAGCUGCAAGGCUUUUGUGAUGCGGUCCGAGCGGCGCCGUGUGAUGAACGCGAGUGCGGCAUGGGGCUGCUCCACGUGCCCGAAUCGACGACUUGUUUCUACGAGGAGUUCGCGGCGUGGAAGGGUUCUUCACUGAUAAACAUGACCGCCAGUGACUUCUAUGAAGACCUGGUUAUCUUCAGGGAGACGACCUACCCGGGCAUGAUGCUCGGCCGCGAUCCCGACGGACGGACCUGGCAGGACCUCAUCGGUUUUGUGGACGGUCAAUUACGGUUUGUGACGGUACCGACGUCGUUGACCAUGAAGGUGAAUGGCGGUAUUGACCUGAGGAGAGAAGUGAUCAACACCGUAUUAGAUUUCGUGGAAGGCCAGAGAGACACCAUCAAAGGCUUGGGCCACCUGACGUAUGACGGCGGCCUCCAGUUCAUGUGGUGCGACACGAUCGAAGCGUUACGAGAAGCGUUAUUCGAGGGCUUCGAGAUCUGUUUUCCGAUUGCAUUUGGCGUGUUAGUAUUAGCGACGCAGAAUCUACUUGUGUCGCUAUAUGCCAUCGUCGGCAUUGCUUUAGUGGUCGCGUCGGUGCUCGGGGCGGCGGAAAGUGUCUAUGGGUGGGACUUGGGGGUCAUCGAAGCAUUGGCCGGGGUGAUGGUCAUCGGUUUUAGCGUGGACUACGCGAUCCAUUUGUGCCACAUGUACGUCGAGGCGGACAAGUCCGGGCACUCGUCGCGGAUGGACCGCUUCAGCUACGCCGUGUCGAAGAUGGGCGGCACGGUCGUCGGCGGCGCGGCCACGACGCUGGGCGCGGCGGCACUCAUGCUGCCCUGCCAGCUCACCUUCUUCUACAAGCUCGGAUUGCUCAUCUUCACGACGAUCUUCUGCUCGCUGGUCUUCUCCUUCGGUUUUGUGAUGCCGCUCCUCGCGGCGGCGGGGCCGUCGGGCGACUGGUGCGGCUUCUCGCUGCCGGGUCAAAAGCGCCACCACGGCGGCCGCGUCGCCGCCGCGCCUCUUCCCGUCAAAGCGGCGCCCCCGUCUCCCCUGGAAGACGACGACACGGAGGCGGCUACGCCGCCGUCGCCGUGA